AUAAAAGGAGAAAAGUUGACACUAAUAAUGACGACUGGCAUUUAAGUAACAAUGUGAGUUCGAGCACACCUGAUGAAGACCAAGGGAACGAAGAAGAGCCAGGAAGCAUAAAAGAAGCAAUUCUAAAGAAGUUAUGUGGAACUACAGUUCUACAUGAAGAAUAUGUGACGUUUGGGCUUUCAAAGCACUACGACAAAGUUAAAACGUUGAUUGAAUGUUUGCAUUAUGUUGAUGGUGCAUUAGUGGGGCAGGGGGAUGAUUAUAUAGCGUCCCAUGAUGCAGCGUUGAAUGAAAUAUUUAAAGACGCGCGGGGGGUGUUGAAAAGCUUUGAAAAGCCGCCAAAAGUGGAUCAAAUGUUGGUUGCAGUUUAUGGUGUAAGUUGCAUGAAGUAUGAAGACUUCAAGCAUUGGUUGAAAAGUAUUCGAGGAAAACAACACAUCGUAUCGGAAGCUCUUCAUACAGCGUGCUUCCUUCUUAACCCAGAGUAUGACGGGUUUUCAGCUACAUUUUCACGUCUCCCUAAUUCUGCAUGGAGAGACAUGAUGAUCAAGAAAAGAGAAUUGAUGAAACAAUUUCUCUCUUAUUUGUUGCCACUUGAAUCAAAAUCACCGGUAAAAUUUUAUGAAUUCAUUCGCCAACUUUCUAUUGAGUUGGGUGCAUCAGAUAUUGAAGAUAAAGCCAAUAAAAGAUUGGCCAACCAAAUCACUACAAAGGAGGAACAAGGAAAACUACAUUGCUUGCAACAGACAACAUAUUACAAAGACUCAGAUAUUGAACAUAACGGCCCCAUUUACGACAGACCCCGGGACCCCCCCGGACAACGCAGCGUUUACAUUCCACCGGGUGAUGCUGCGAUGGAAUCUUACAGACUGAGCACGUUCAUGAAAUAUCCACAAGAUACUCCAGUAAACCCACGACAUCUGGCAGCUGCUGGCUUCCAUUAUACUGGUUACAAGGACAGGGUCAAGUGCUUCUGUUGCGGACUUUGCGUUGAAAGCUGGUGUGUUGGUGAUGAUGUUAAGUCUCCGCGUUGGCACAGAAGUAAUUGUGAGUUCAUACUUGGACAAGAUUGUGGAAAUCAACCGAUUGGUGGUUUGUUCGGCAACUUUAUGCGACCAUCUGGUUCAACUGGGGCAGGGGGGGAUUUAUUCCGAGACUUUGGCAGGCAGGGCUCACAAAAUAUCUCGGUGCAACAAACGGCGCGUCCUGUGCCUGCUGGUAUGAUAAUGAAGAGUGGGCCAAACCAAAGUACGCCGAUGCAAACAGCACGUGUUGUUGAACCAACAAAACCAGCGUCGCAAUACCAGAGAGUUGAGCUAGCCACCAUAGCUUCUCCAUAUCAUGAAAAACUUGUUAGAAGUCUUGAUUUACGCAAAGAAUCCGACAGAUUUAAAACUUACGAGAACUGGCCUGCACAGAAUCGAACAGUGUACGCGAGUGAUUUGGCUCGUUCGGGCUUUUUUUACCUCGGUAAUUUGGAUCGAGUCCAGUGUUUCUCAUGUGGAGGAGUGUUGCGCAACUGGAAUUAUGGGGAUAAUAUUACAGCUGAACACAGGAGACACUUCCCUCAUUGCAGGAUGGUGCAAGGAACAGAAAACAAGGAACGUAGCAUCAGCUGUUCCCCCCCGCGACUUACUUCGGGAGGAAACUUGUACACGUCAGUUGCUGAUUUGGUUGAUGACAUCACAGCUAAUGAGAAUGAGCCGAACAGUGACGAUGAUGAUGAAACAAACACUUCUCAACCAUCACAAACAACCACUGUUAAAACAACAGGAUUCACAGAACUGCCUACCAAUGAAUCAAUGGAGACCGAGAUAAGCAUUCCACCAGAUGUAACUCCCUCAAUGGAGGCAAGGAUAAGAGAAAUACAAGAAGAAAGAAAAUGCAAAAUAUGUUUGGAUAAAGUUGCCGACAUCGUGUUUGUGCCGUGCGGUCAUCUGUGCACUUGUACAGAGUGCGCUAAAGCGUUACGCAAAUGUCCGAUUUGUCGUAGCAAGUUCGAGAGAGGGAUCAAAACUUACAUGUCUUAAGAUAUCGCAUUUAUGCAGCAGCUUGAAGAGGAGAGUUGAGUUGUGAAUGCAACGUGUUUGCCAUGAUUUUGUGAAUAUAACAUGUCAAUUCUUCCUAAGUCCUGUCAAUGCUGCUUAUAUUUAGUUUAUUAGGGUUGUCCUUGUAGAAGAGAUUCUGCUUUGUGAUUAUGAGGUUAAAUUUUUGAUGUCAUUUUUUCAUAUGUCAUUUCAAUAUUCAGCUCUCUAAAAUGCAAUAUUAUUAUCUAUUGCUUUAUAAAAAACUGCUGCAACACCGUUUAAGUUUCAACCAACUUCCUUAUCCAUCUAAAAUUCACAUUGAGUGUUGUGUAUUUUGAUGUCCAUCUCUAUUUUGUUCAAACAUUGACAUGGAACCAUCAACUGAUUAUUACGUCCCCAUAUCUCAUUAUGUAACAAGCGAUGCGGCGUUUAAACGAAUAGUUUGCACGAAGACGUUUUUACUUUGUUCAAUCAUAGAUACUAUGCUGCCUCAUUUAUAUGUUAACGACUUGCCACAACCCAGCCUGUUUGUAUUGCUCCAUAACAUUGCCAGUAUACCUCUUUACCUGUAUGGUUUUUCAUAUUGAUUGUUAUGCUUGUAUCUAUAACUGUUUUCACAUUAAUUCGUUGGUUGUAACUUGCAGACUGGAAAGGGUCUGGCUGCAUAAAUGCCAUAUCUAUUUUAGCUGGGUCCAAUUGGAUAUUAAUUGUAUGAUUAUAUUUUUCGGAUAGAUUGCUCAAUUAAACAACCAUGUAUAGCAU